AUGUUUUCCAUCAAAGUUGAUGGGCAAAAGCUGAGCUUUCAGACCACUUGCAAGGCAGCUGGAAUGCAGAAAGAUGCAGCAGAACAAAUCUGCCAGCUCUGCUAUGAAAAAACGCAAAAGCACAUUGCAGGUUUCAAGGCGGUGAAACAGCUUGAGAGCCCGAACAUGUGA